AUGUUGGGAAUCAGCUCGGCACUCGCCCUCAGAACUGUCGGCUCCACCCUCACCACCAACGACGAGAGAACGACGAGGCUCCCCGCUACGCCGGAGCCCAUACCGAGUGACUGUGUGAUGGCUAGGACUCGAGCGGACCAGACGAGGGAGAGGACGAAGGGCGUCAGAGUUGGUACACCCCGCUUUCCCGGAGGUUGGUCCACCCCGGCCCGCGUGUUACGAAGAGCGCGAGGCGGAGGAAGAGGGUUGUUGUGA